AUUGUAGCAUUUUUGACAUUUCCGAGUUUCCUAGUUCCGACUAGUAGUUGAACGCGGCUCAAGUGGGGAUCGGGGAUUUCUAUUGGAGAAGUAAUUUCUGCCUAUCUUCAUACUGUACUGUCUUUGACGUAAUUUGUCUCAGUUUGGAUAUGCGGAAAACUGGAACUUCGAGUUUCAUUUGAUCAAGAGCGGUUGACUUGAAAUUCACCCACAAAAGUAGCUAGCAAGACUGGAUAAGAAGUAGACAAAUAUGAAGAGCAUUCUGUGAGGACUGACAAUAGUGGAAGCGAAUGAAAACAUGUAACGUUAGCUAGCUAUAUAUGUCUUAGUCUUCUAUCGAAUUAAUACAACUUUACAGCGAUAGCCUGCUGUUGCUAGCUUGAAGUUGAAGAAGUGGAGUGGAGAGGAGAUGAACGCUUAGCACUAUAUAUAUUUUUUUUAAUUAUAUUUUAGAAAAGUUAUUAUUACUCACUGGGACGUUUUGCUUAUGAGGACUCCGAUUCGGCGUGGAGCAGUGAGGGCCGAACCACCACAGUGAUGUCAGCUGAUGCGCUCAACCCUACCUCUCCCAACCCCUCAGUGAUGUCAACUGAUGCGCUCAAACCUACCUCUCCCAACCCCUCAGUGAUGUCAACUGAUGCGCUCAACCCUACCUCUCCCAACCCCUCAGUGAUGUCAACUGAUGCGCUCAACCCUACCUCCCCCAACCCCUCAGUGAUGUCAACUGAUGCGCUCAAUCCUACCUCUCCCAACCCCUCAGUGAUGUCAACUGAUGCGCUCAACCCUACCUCUCCCAACCCCUCUGUCUCGUCCAUCUCUCUGGUUGAGAUCAAGGCAGACACUCGUCUGGUGCUGAAAGCUUUCCUCCGCAGCGCACUCUCUAAUCCUUCAGCCGAGCGACUUGGGACGGUGGGGGGAAGCUACAAAGACCACAACAAGUACAGUGCAAAGGAGUCUAGGAAGCGGCCGGACAAUGGCUGGGACUCUCUGGAUGAAGCAAUCAGCUCAGUAGAGGAGAAGAAACACGGCUUGAAGGACCUCAUUAAGAGACGACUGCAGCCACGGCCCUCCAACCUGCCCCUCCGUCGCUCAGCUAAAGACAGUGGUGCAGACCAGACACAAAAUGGUGGCUCCUUGGAGAAGGACGGAAGACCAAACCGAACCAACCCAGGCCUGCCAGGCUUCUUCAGAGACCAACUCGAGGAAGACGUUAGGUUCCCCUCCAUGUCAGAUGAAGAAGGGAACGAUCCGAAACAGCAGAAAAAGGCAAAGAAGUUGAAGAGCCAGAUCUCCUCUUUCUUCAGCAUAAGAAAGAAGCCAGAAAAGGAUAAAGACAAGGAUGAGACACGUCUUCAGAGGCCAUCCACACUGACCAUCGGCGUAGGGCCAGUACCCGGGGCGCCAGUCAUCUCUCCCACACACCCUCCUGAGUUCUAUGAGGAGGUGGCUGAGACUCUGGACAGGAUUGCUCAGCGGUCCCACAGUAUGAAGAGACCCCAAAGGUCCAGCCCACGACCCAGCCCUGCUACCACCCCGGUCAAACCUCCCCCUGAACCUGACAAAGAAGAAAUGGUGCGCCAGCUGGUCCAGGUACUGUCUAUGGAAGGGGACGCCAUCAACUACAAGAUCCAGUCGGACCCCUUCCUGCGCUCCACGCUGAACCGUCUCUCAUACCCGUCCUUCGCCAAGCUCCUGGACACCUUCGCCAGCCAGGAACAGGCCACGCCCUCACCUCUGCCGCCUCCCUCCAGCAGCCCCACGCUGAGACGAGUGGCCGUCACCAUGGAGGUCUCGCGGCGUGUCGUCACGGCGACAGGGAUGCAGCGCAUGCAGGGCUACGCAGAGCGCUAUAUGGAGAACUUUGCCCCCUGGGUGAAGAGCCAUGGAGGAUGGGAAAGUAUUGUCCAGUUGGAAGAGAUUUUGGAGUGCGACUGACAACCCUACACCAUCAAGGCAGCUCGGAAAUCCUCACUACUUCCUUUUAACGGUGAACUCUAAUCUAUGACUAAGGCUUGGAGUUGUGUCCUAUCAGGUCAGGUACAACUCAAGGCCCUUCCUGACCUCAGUUUCUCCUGUGGUGAGAGACGGAGAAGGCAUUAGCUUUUUAGAACUCUACGACACGUGAAUUAUGUCACUUGUGUUUGUCUGAGAAUCAUGUGUACUUGUACAAUUCUUUUUUUUUUCUUUUUUUUUUUUAUCAACGUUUUUAUAUAAAUGUG